AUGGACGUGGAUCGUGGAUUUUAUCGACAGGUAGAUGUCCAGGACCAUGCUCACUACAUCGUUGCCUUCUUUGUCUUGGUGAUUGGAACAGUGGGUGUUACUGGCAAUGCCUUGGUCAUGUAUGCCUUUUUCUGUAACAAGAAGCUACGGACUCCCCCCAACUAUUUCAUCAUGAACCUGGCAAUCAGUGACUUCCUCAUGGCAAUUACACAGUCACCUAUCUUCUUUGUUAACUCCCUUUACAAAGGGUGGAUUUUUGGUGAAACAGGCUGUAAAAUGUACGCUUUUUGUGGAGCUUUAUUUGGAAUCACUUCCAUGAUAAACCUUCUGGCCAUCUCUUUAGACCGCUACAUUGUCAUCACCAAGCCUCUGCAGGCCAUUCGGUGGACCUCCAAGCGACGCACUUGCCUCAUUAUCGCCCUGGUCUGGCUGUACUCACUAGCUUGGAGCCUUGCACCACUUUUGGGGUGGAGUUCAUAUAUACCAGAGGGACUGAUGACCUCAUGCACAUGGGAUUACGUGACAUCUACUCCUGCCAACAAAAGUUACACUUUGAUGUUAUGCUGCUUUGUAUUCUUCAUCCCUCUGGGCAUUAUAUCCUACUGUUAUCUGUGCAUGUUCCUGGCAAUCCGCCAAGCAAGCAGAGAUUUGGAGAAGUUGGGGUCUCAGGUGAGGAAGUCGACCCUGAUCCAGCAGCAGUCCAUCAGGACUGAAUGGAAGCUGGCCAAGAUUGCCUUUGUGGUCAUCAUAGUGUUUGUUCUUUCCUGGUCGCCCUAUGCAUGCGUCACUCUCAUCGCCUGGGCUGGAUAUGCAAGCAUCCUCAAUCCCUAUUCCAAAGCGGUCCCUGCUGUUAUAGCCAAGGCAUCGGCUAUCUACAACCCUUUUAUCUAUGCCAUCAUUCACUCGAAAUACAGAGACACCCUGGCAGAAAAAGUUCCAUGUCUAAACUUCCUGUCCCAGGCCCCCAAGAGGGACUGCAUAUCAGUGUCACACAGUCAGUCCUCCUUCAGGGACUCAGUGCUGAGCAGACAGUCAUCAAUAUCCAAAACCAAGUUUCACAGAGUUUCCUCCAUGUCUACAACAGACACACAGUUGUGGAGUGAUGUGGAGCUGGACCCUAUAGGCCAUUGUCUGAGAUCCAGCUAUUCCCUUGGAACUCUGAGGGACAAAGAGUACAACUCAGUGGCUAAGCAGACCAAGGUAAAGGGAAGCCAAAGCCAGGAACAGGUAAGGUAG